CCGUUGCUAGGGAGGCCCGCGGCCCGGAAGGGGAAGGCCGCACGUUCCGGGUGAGGGACGCGGCGCCGGGCCGGAGAGGAGCGGAGCGGAGGAGAAGAGCCCCAGACUGUUGCUGCUCUCUAAGUCCUUGUGUUGGCUGCUACUUGUGUGAGGCCACAUCAGUUCUUGUCCUGGCUCUGGAGGUGCCAGUGCAAAGACUCAGUAAGUGAAGAUGAGUUCAGCAGGGAGGAAACGAGGAAAGCCCAACAAAGGAGGAGGAAGAAGAGGGAGAGGAGGCAGCAGUAGAGGAGGAGGCAGCAGUGGCCAUUCAAACAAGUCUCAAGCUGGUGGAAGUAGGAAAUGUUCAACCAGAAUCUGGGAUGAUGGAGAUGAUUUUUGUCUCUUCGAGGAACCAAGAUCAAGAUCAAAUGCCCCUGCCAGGAGAGGAGGGCAAAUGAAACAGAGACCUGAAGCAAGAAUGCCCCUUCAAACUCUACACAUGACAUCAGAGAAUCAGAGAAGAGUGAAAGAACUUCUUCAAGAGCUUCAAGGGCAGGAGCUGGCUCCUGAGUCAGAAGUAGCUGGUUCUGGUGAAUCUGAUGAUGAACCUGAUUACCUUGAUGAUGAGCAGUGCUGGUCAGGAGAUCAGGAAGUUUCUGACAUUGCACCAAGGUCAUCUGCUGAGCCAGCUGAGCACAGAGUUGUGGAGAGUGAAGUGUCUUCGUUUGCCGUGCGCAAACUCUCCAGGUAUGGUUUUGACAGCGAGCGUUGUAGGACGAUACUGGGAUCCUGCAAUGGGAAUAUUGGGGCAUCACUGGAGUAUUUGCUGUUGCAGUGCUUUACUGAAAGAUAUGGAGAGAAGAUGCAGGUUUCUGCAACAGCUGCUGAGGCCAGUCAAGAAGAAUGUCUAGAACAGAGACAAGAAGAGGCUUUUGUCCUCCGGUCAAUCUAUGGAGAAAAAUUUGUGGAAAGAAUUCAAAACCGUGUUUGGACUUUUAGUUUGGAAUUGGAUUACCUAGCAAACAGGCUCAGCAAAGCUAAAGCACAGGGUGGCUGUGCCAGGGACACAGCAAAGCAGGCUUCAAAGGAAAUCUGCAAAUUUUAUCUCCAAGGAGGAUGCAGGUUCGGUUCAAAAUGCAGAUUUGGACACGAAUUCCCUCCAAACCACCCACUAAAACCAGACAGAAACUCUGUAGAUGAUGCUCACCUCAGGUCUAACAGCGAUGGUCCUGUGUAUGAACUUGAAGUAAGAUUUCCUGAAGAAAACAAGUAUCCACUUCAGGCACCUCUUGUGGCAUUUUAUUCCACCGACGAGAAUCUACCUCUGGCUUGCCGUUUGCACAUUGCUGAGUUCCUCUUUGAAAAGGCCUUGAUAGCUGCAGAGUCUAAUGAACCAGUGGUGCACACCUUAGUGACUUGCUUAGAAGAUGAAUCUGAGAUAAGUGAGUUACUUAAAAAUACUCACCACAAGUAUAGUGUUCCUCCUGUGUCCCUGCUGGCAAUGCCUUUGGGAAAGCUACAGGCAGAGAGCACAUCUGGUGGAAAUCGAACGUCCAGAGGGGCACCAAAUCAGCCAGAGAGCACACCUGCUGCAAACCAAACUCCUGAAGCUUCAACAGCAUCAGAGCCUCAGGAGGAAGAGGAGGUAGCAGAAGAGGAGGAGGAAGAUGAGCCUCAACAAGUUGUUGUGGAGAAUGAGAGUUAUGUGAACCUCAAGAAAAAGCUUUCCAAAAAGUAUGAUGUGCAGGCAAAGUCUCUGUACCAUGAAAACGUUAAAAUCUGCACACAGUUUCGCCUGAAAAAGUCUUCUAGGCACUUCCAGUCCAUGCUGUAUGAAAGACAGAAGCUCCCUGCAUGGCAAGAGAGGGAAACUAUCCUUGAUUUGCUGAAGAGCCACCAAGUUCUUGUUGUGAGCGGCAUGACAGGAUGUGGGAAAACCACUCAGAUUCCUCAGUUUAUUUUGGAUGCUUCGUUGCAAGGAUCUCCAAGCAGAGUUGCAAACAUCAUCUGCACUCAGCCUCGCAGGAUCUCUGCCAUUUCUGUGGCUGAACGUGUGGCCAAAGAAAGAGCAGAAAGGAUUGGGCUCACUGUUGGUUAUCAGAUCCGCCUAGAGAGUGUAAAGUCCUCAGCUACCAGGCUGCUGUACUGCACUACUGGUGUGCUCUUGAGAAGGCUGGAAGGAGAUCUGACUCUGCAGGGCAUCACACAUGUUAUUGUUGAUGAAGUUCACGAAAGAACAGAAGAAAGUGACUUCUUGCUGCUGGUUUUGAAGGAUAUAAUGGUUCAGAGGCCAGACCUGCGCAUCAUACUGAUGAGUGCCACCUUGAAUGCAGAGCUCUUUUCUCAGUACUUUCACUCCUGUCCAGUUAUCAACAUACCAGGUCGAACAUUUCCCGUGGAUCAGUUUUUUCUGGAGGAUGUGAUUGCAAUGACAAGGUAUGUUUUGGAGGACAACAGUCCCUACAGGCGCAAGGCAAAGCAAGAAAACAAACAGAAUGGAAGACACAAAAGAACCGCAUUUGAAGAAGUAGAGGAAGACCUGAGACGUGCUGGCCUUCUGGAAAGCAGUGACACAGUUGUCAGAGAUUCAGACCCAGACCAAAAGUUAACUCUGAAGCAGCUCCUCACACGAUACAAAGGAGUUAACAAGACAGUGUUGAAAACAAUGGCUGCCAUGGACUUAGACAAAGUUAAUCUGGAAUUAAUUGAAGCCUUGCUGGAGUGGAUAGUUGCUGGCAGCCACUCCUACCCCCCAGGUGCUGUGUUGGUAUUUUUGCCUGGUCUAGCAGAAAUCAAGAUGCUUUAUGAGCAGCUCCAGACUAAUGCUCUUUUUAAUAACAGGCACAGCAAGAGGUGUGUUGUUUAUCCACUUCAUUCUUCACUGUCUAGUGAAGAGCAGCAGUACGUGUUCCUCAGGCCUCCCGCAGGAGUCAUCAAAAUCGUCAUCUCUACCAACAUUGCAGAAACAUCAGUCACCAUUGAUGACGUGGUCUAUGUGAUUGAUUCGGGGAAAAUGAAAGAGAAAAGGUACGACCCAAGCAAAGGAAUGGAAAGCCUGGAGGACACGUUUGUGUCCCAGGCCAACGCUCUGCAAAGGAAAGGGCGAGCGGGCCGGGUAGCCUCGGGCGUCUGCUUUCAUCUCUUCAGCAGCCAUCACUAUAACCAUCAGCUUAUAAAACAGCAGUUACCAGAAAUACAGAGGGUGCCCUUGGAGCAGCUUUGUCUGAGAAUUAAGAUUCUGGAGAUGUUUUCUGCACAAAGUCUUCACUCCGUCUUGUCACGACUAAUUGAGCCCCCCAGAACAGAGUCUUUGCAAGCAUCAAAGCUGCGACUGCGAGACUUAGGAGCCUUAACUCCAGACGAAAAGCUCACCCCUCUGGGCUAUCACUUGGCUUCUCUGCCUGUUGAUGUCAGGAUUGGCAAGCUAAUGCUGUUUGGCACCAUCUUCCGCUGCCUGGAUCCUGCACUGACUAUAGCAGCCAGCCUGGCCUUUAAGUCCCCUUUUGUGUCACCGUGGGAUAAAAGGGAAGAGGCAAACAAAAAGAAGUUGGAGUUUGCAGUGGGAAACAGUGACUACUUGGCUCUUCUCCAGGCCUAUAAGGGCUGGCGUUUAAGUAUCAAAGAGGGUGCUCAGGCGAGCUACACCUACUGCAGGGAGAACUUUCUGUCGGGAAGAGUUCUGCAGGAAAUCGCCAGCCUGAAGCGCCAGUUCACAGAGCUGCUCUCUGACAUUGGGUUUGUGAAGGAGGGAUUGAGAGCCAGGGACAUGGAGAAGUGGGCCCAAGGAGGUGAUGGCGUGCUGGAUGCCACAGGAGAAGAGGCUAAUUCCAACGCAGACAACAUCAAGCUGAUCUCAGCAAUGCUGUGUGCUGCACUGUACCCCAACGUUGUGCAGGUGAAAAAGCCAGAGGGCAAGUACCAGAAGACCAGUACAGGAGCAGUCAAGAUGCAGCCAAAAGCAGAAGAGCUGAAGUUUGUUACCAAAAACGAUGGUUACGUUCACAUUCACCCUUCAUCUGUGAAUUACCAGACCAGGCACUUCGAGAGCCCGUACCUGGUGUAUCACGAGAAGAUCAAGACGAGCCGCGUGUUCAUCCGCGACUGCAGCAUGGUGUCGGUGUACCCGCUGGUGCUGCUGGGCGGCGGCCAGGUCCACACGCAGCUGCAGAACGGCAACUUCCUCAUCUCCCUGGACGACGGCUGGAUCCGGUUUGUGGCCGCCUCCCACCAGGUGGCCGAGCUGGUGAAGGAGCUGCGCUGUGAACUGGACCAGCUGCUGCAGGAUAAAAUCAAGAACCCCAGCAUGGAUCUGUGCAUGUGCCCCCGCGGGUCCCGCAUCAUCGCCAUGAUCGUGAAGCUGGUGACCACACAGUGACGUGGGCACAGCUUCCUCUAAGGACUCACUGCCUGCUGCUGCCUGAGCACACAACAGCCCACGUGACAGCGGCGUCUCGAUGUAUUUGUUGUAUGAAAACAUGGUGCCGGUCACUGGAACAUCAAGUUGGCAGCCGUACUAGUGCCAGGGUUGGGGGUUGAUGUUUUGUUUUUCCCUGUGUUUGCUUGUUGGCAGCUUACAGCACCCUCGGGCAAAAGGGGAAACCAGCCACGCUCCCAGGAGGAACAGACACCUCCAAGUAAGAAAGUAGUAGUUUUCCAUUAGGCUGUACACUGGCAAUAGCAUCUUCUGGUCACAAACAUACCCACUGCCUUGCUGCUGCUGGUAAUAGUCAUGGCUGGAGGCAGCAUGUGGCAUCUUAAGCUGCUCCCAAAUUGCUUUGGACUUAUUUCUACCUUUUGGCCAAAACUUCAGUGAGGCAGGGCCAGGGGAGGGCUUUACUUAGGGUUUAUCCCAAAGCCCUUAAAAAGGUGAGUGCCUUUUGCUUCACAUCAGGGCGUUCUGAGAGGGACAGUCCUCCCAUGAGGAGACCAACCUGAAUCAGAGUAACGUGUUGGAUCAGCACAGGCUGCUCUGGUUACAGUGUAGAACUGAGGAGAAUGUGGCCAUUACCCCAAAAGCCAGAUGACAGGCACUGCUGUUAAAAAUCAAUCCUUGGGUAGAUGGUACCACUCACUUGUAACCUCUGGUCACUGGGGUCGGCCACGUGCCACCCUGCACAGCCAGAAGAAAGUCCCACUCUCCUGCCCUGGGGUCUGGGCUGCUACAGCCGAGCGUAGAGAAAUGCCAGUCAUAAGGAACUAUUACCUCUUCCCUUCAAUGCUGCUUGAUGGCAAUGCUGAGCAUUGCUGGGGCUGGCUGAGCUGACUGAUGUACUAGCAACUGCACAUCAGAGCAAGUGCCUUCAGUGAAGUAACUUUGCUGUCAUUUAUAAGAGUAAAACCAGAGUAAACCCCAUCUGUAGCACCGGCCCUGCCAAGAACCAGCCUUGGGGCUGAAGCAGGGGAGCCACAGCCUUCAAAGCCUUGGGGGACUAGUUGCAUUUUUCAAACCACAGCAGUUUCCCAGCAACACCCCCAUGUAGGAAGAAGAAGACAGGAAGACCAAGGCAGCUGUGCAGGAGCAUGGUCAGGGCAGCUGGCGUGCAGAAGGGUAAACUGUUCCCAGAGCUUAAUGCUGCUCUCCAGUAUGCCCAGACUCCUCUGCCUGCACACCUGAGCACUUGGGUGUGAGGAGCUGCAGAGGCCCAGGAAUGCUGGGGCAGGAUGGAGAAGCACUGCAGAGGCUCAGGGCAGUAACUGGGUGUGAAGCAGGACUCCUGGGUACAGCAUUGCUGCAGGGAGGGCCUGGCAACCAAAUGUUGGCUGUGGAGUGAAAUAGGAAGUGAUUCCAUUUUUCACCUCAGCCUCCAUCUCCUCUUGAAUAAAAUGACUUCUCAACCCUCAGGGAGUGCUGUGUUUUGGAUGGAAACUAGUGCUCGAGGCAGCGUGGCCUUUCCCCCCAGCACAUGCUAAAUUCUACCUGAGCUAUCCCCAAGUGAAGGUGAAGGCAAGACCAGGCAGUGCUGGCAGAAGUGGUGAGCAGCAGGCCUUGGGAAACAGCCUGGUGGUGGCUGCAGAAUGGGCAAUACGAAGGGCACAAAGCACACAUAAACAGCUGCAGUCCAAAGCUGACAGUGGCUACUGAGCUGUGAGCACACCCCUCCCCUCUAUUACUGCAGGAGGGUUUCUAUGCACUCAUCCCUAUCCACUGCCAGAACAGCCUGGACCCCCAGGACUGCAGGUGUAUUGACCUGGCCAUGCACUGGGCACAGCCCUUUUGAUACUUGUUUCCUUCAGCAGCUGUGUUCAGCCCCACAAAACAGCUCCAUUUCUCCCCAAGAGCAAAGGCGCCACACACUGCACCAUGAAUGAGGUAAUGAGAGGCAGCAGGUCAGUCCAGCCCCCCAGCAAGAGCAGAGGCAGAGCAGGAACUGAGUUGCUGUGCUCCCCAGUAGCACAGGGCCAGCCCUCAGCACAGCUGCCUGGCAGAGGAUGAAACCCCCAUGAAAUACAGACACAAAGCACUAACAGAGCAGCAGCGCUACCUCUCGUGCCCAGGGGCCUCCCUGUGAGGGUCAAGACACCCUCACCUCCAGCAGCACCUUAGUUCCACGUGAGCUGCGUCCCUCCUACUACUGAUAACAGCUUGCCCCUCAUCACCUCCUUCCAGUCCUCUCCUCUGCUCCACGCACAUGAAUGCUCCCUCUUUCUUCUAAUACUCUAAGAAAAGCAACAGAGGGGAAGUUUCAGUCCACAGGUCUGUUGUGGAGGCAGUUUGGUUCAGCAGAACGGAUGGAGGGGGCAAAAAAAAAAGAGGAAAACAUCCUUGCAGCUCCUAAUGGACAAUGGCCACAACACACUAACUGCAGCAUCAUCAGCAAGGAAAGUCACUCCUACCAAGCACCACUGCACUGACAUGUACAAAUUCGAAGCCCCAAAUGAAUUAUUGUUCCUUGCUGGUUCAUGAGACACAGCCACAAGGCCAGAACAUACUAUGGCACAGACUUUUAGGUCAAAAACACCUGCCACUUCUAAUUUCCUUACUAGCUGGAUAAUCUCCAUUAUCAGCUGCAAAGACAACUCCAACUGGCAAAUACCCUGUACAAAUACCCUGUACAGCUAUCAUACUUCCAUUAAAUCCUUCAGUAACCUCUCUGUGGGGAGAUGGGGACCAUCUGUACACAGGCAGCUACAGUCCAGCUUCCCAAAACAAAUGCCCAGGCCAAGGGAGUCCCUUGAGAACAUGUUACUGCCAAAGAUGAUAUAACCAGAUACAUGAGGUCAGGUAGGUGUAACACAACCUCUUGAUUCCCCAAAUGUACUGCUCCUUAAACAUGACCUACAGCCUGUUUGUCACCCAUCAUCUGCAAGAAAAGCCUUAACUUCCUAAAAAAAAAGAAUAUCUAAAGCUAAUAUCCUCUGCACCACAACUGCCAAUUGAUCCUGAGCAUCACAAAGCAGUAGCAGUGCUCUGACAACCAGGACAUAAAACAAGGUUUCAAAAAGCACUUACCUCAGGAGUUUCCAUUCCAGAAGUAUUGCAGAUACCUUCAGGGGAGAAGUUCGCUGGUCCUUUCACCAACAGGACACAGAUCCAUUGUCACAUAGUCCUUGUUUUUUUCCACCUGUUAAUGCCCUUUGUAGACAUUUUUUUGUAAGUCAAAUCACCUCCAGCCAGGUUUCAGCAAAUAAAACCCACAUCAUCGCCAUAACGCUGGAGACCCAACAUAACUGGUGCCUCUUCCCUCUCCUGGGUGCUCUGCAAGUCCUGCCACGGGCCCACAAGUGCUUGUAACAGCCCAGCUCCUGCUUUUGAGCUGCCCCAGCACCAACAGAAAGAGCAGGGUGUUACCACAACAUGUUGCUUAGUUAGAAAUGCAGUUUAUUUCAACGCGCCAAUAAAAAAAAGCUCAACGUUUCCAGAUCACAGAACAUGAACACAACAAAGACUUUUGCUUUACUCUACCAGUAAGACUUGUAGAAGAUCCAGAGCCAAUGCCAAUUGUUAGUCAGUAGAAACAGCCUUCUAGGACUAAGCCCUUUACAUUUAUAAAGACACCACAAAAUCCCUUGUAACAAUGUAAACAAAAUAAAUUUUCUCCUUAAACUUUUUUUUAAUUUGAA